AUGUAUCAGCCUGCAAAGAAGUACCCCAAUGUUUUCUCUCCUGAAUCCCUAUUUGGAAGAUUUCCAUACUUCCUCCCUUGCUUUGGCAUAUCGGUUCUGGCGGCAGGAGCAUGUGUGGCAUGCCUUCGGCUUCCGGAAACACUACACAUGCACGUUGGUGCUGAAGUAAUUGAUGGAAUAGAGUUACAAGCUAUUGAUAUAACCCUGGAACAAUCUCGAUCAGGGAGAUUAGCAUCCACAAAGAGCUUGGUAAAGAACUGGCAGUUAAUGUCAGCAAUUAUUGUCUACUGUAUCUUCUCUCUCUAUGAUACAGCUUAUUAUGAGAUAUUUUCACUCUGGGCUGUGAGCAACAGAAAAUACCAUAGUUUAAAAUAG